ACUCAGAUUCCUUCAGUUAAGCAGAACAUCUCUAAUUUAUAUCCUUUUCUUAUUUUCAUCCUCAGAAAAAAAAUGUUACGAAGAAAACCAUCCAAUGCAUCAGAAAAGGAACAAAAUCGAAAACCAAAGCUCUCUCUACAAAGGUCAAGCAGCUUCAAGCACUUUGAACGCUCAAAGCCUCCAUCAUCACCAUUGGUUACUGAACAAGACCUCAAUUUUAAUGAAAAUGUGGGAAUGACUGACACCAGGGAGCCUAACACAGAAGAAACCCCCAAAUCUGGAAACAGACUUGGAAAGAAAUGGCGAGCAGUUAUUUCACGAACUAUGAAUAGGAAAACUGGUCGAAUGAUGGUGAAAGCUUUGGCAGAAGAAAGGAGUGAAAGUGGUGAAGAAAGCCCCAUGUCUCCCAUGACGCCUGAUGAGCUUACGUAUCUGCGACUAGGAGAUGGUAUGUCACACUCACCCAGUGAAUCAGAAGAGAAUCUCAACAGUCCACUCAGCAGACAGGCUUCAAGCAGUGGAGAGCCUUGCACCCCAGACUCUGAAUUCAGCAACAGGGACAGUGUGCAGUUGGACAACCUACCUCCUCCUUAUCUUGGACCAUUCUGCGGCCGGGCCAGGGUCCAUACAGAUUUCACCCCAAGUCCGUAUGAUGUUGAGUCUUUAAAACUCAAGAAAGGAGAUAUCAUAGACAUCAUUGAGAAACCACCAGUAGGAACAUGGACUGGCAUGCUCAAAAACAAAGUAGGAUCCUUUAAAUUUAUCUACGUCAAUGUUCUACCAAAUGAAGUAGAACAACCUAGGAAAUCAAAGUUAUUCACCAAGAACAAACGGCCUAAACCAAAGACUCUGCAAGAAUUAUUGGACAGAAUUAACCUACAGGAGCAUACCUCCACUCUGCUGCUUAAUGGCUACCAGACUCUUGAUGACUUCAAAGAGCUGAAAGAGACACAUUUGAACGAACUCAAUAUUCUAGACCCUGAGCAAAGAGCCAAAUUGCUGACGGCUGCCGAACUCCUCAUGGACUAUGACACAGGAAGUGAGACAGAAGAGCAAGGAGAUAAUACUGACACACAACUCUCAAGCUCAGCUCCUCUGUGUGAUAUCCCACGGGAUUCAGGCUGCUAUGAAAGUUCAGAGAAUUUGGAGAAUGUGCAGGAACAUUCUGAAUUCAGUGCCACUGAGGAACAAACACAGAACCUUUCUGCUGAAGACUGAGCCAGAUCAGUCCAUUGUAUAAAAGAAGGACCCUAAUGCUGACAUCUAGUGGCUUAAAAAUACAAAACAAUUAUGGCUUAAAACCAUAAAGCCUCUUUGCACCAAGCUAAAGAUUUGAGGAGAAUUUGUAAAGUAUUUGAAGAAUACUGCAGUUUCAAAGUCUGCUCUUGUAUGGCAUUUAUCCUACAUUGUCUUGGACAUUUAGUUUUAGCAAUUUAUAGAAGGGAACACUGUGCCAUAGAAAUGGUCUGCAGGUUCAAGGAUCCAAAGAGGGCUCCAUUCCGUUGGUUAUCGAACUGACAGCUACAUCUGUCUUGUCAGGAGAUGCUGUGUCUGCACGUAUUUGCCAUUUAUUAUAACUUUUGGUGAUAUUUCAUUAAUGCAUGCAGGUAGGGUAGAAUAGCAGAGAUACUAGUGUCUUCUUUUUUCAAAGUGCACACACAAAUUGAGAUCUCUUAUUCACUCUCCACAUAUGGGCAGCUUUCCCACAAUUUCCUGAUCAUGUUCUGUUGCCAAUGGCUAGAAGUUGUUAGCUUCCAGUGUACAGAUGUUGCUAUUUUGAUUUUUCUAUCCACCAAAGGCUGUAGUUGCAGGAUUAACAGAUUUAAUUGUUAAAAAGAUCAUUCUAGUAGUGGAUGCGAUUGUAUGUGAAAAAUGAUAAGCUGCAAUUUUUUAAUAGCUUAUGUACAUUUCAGGAAUGAAUUUUGCAUAUUUUUGAAAUUCAAUUAUACUUUGCAGGAAGGCUUUAUUCUCAUGAAGACCCAAUUUUGAAAUUUGUUUUGAAAAAGAGUUGCAUUUUCUUUAUUUUUCUAUUUGAUUUUAAAAACAUUUGUACUUCAGUUUAAAUAAAGCAUUUCUUUGCUUAAGUAA